AUGCGGGCCAUUGCUCACAGAUGGAGGCCGGGGUGUGCUUAUUCGGGGGUAGCGGCACGAACGUUAUCCGCGCAUGCGUCUCAUCAACUCGCCACAUUAUCUUUUCUGCUGCGAGACCCUCGAGAGUUCCCGGUGGUGAUUGUGGCGGGACGCUCUAUGAGCGCCUUCACAAGUCUGUACCGCGCUCUCCCGUCUGCUGCAUACAUGAUGUACAACACGCAAGCUACGCUCGACGGAUGCACCGCGCUCAUGAGGGCCGGCUACCAAGAUCUGCGGCGUCCGUCAUCGGUGCGUUUGGUCCCCCACACUUCAGCACCCCUGGGCCCCGAGCUGUGCGAAAAGAGUGGCGCUUACGUGGAUGUCAUGCGAGCAGCUGCAGAGCCGGCCGGUGACGCAGAGAUGGAGCCGUCGUUGGAUGCUGAAGAUGGGAUCGCCGCCGAGUUCUCUGGAGGCGGUAGCGCCGCUCCGGGUGCGCCGGACGAGGAGCUUCGACAAAGCAUUAUUUCUUCCUUUACUGAGCAGUUCAUCGCGUCCAUCAAGGAUGAGUGGGGCUCGCCAUCCGCGCAUCGGUCCGGCAAAGAGAGAGCACCGGUGCAGCCCGCGGGAAAGUUAGAGGCACGGCUGCGGGGCCGCGAUUUCUUGCCCCACAGAAAGCUUCGCAGUGUCUGCUGUGGCUCCGUCGUCUCUCAUCACGACAUGCACCACGAGGCACUGCCACACGGCAUUCACUGGGUGGUGGCACGGUGGCUCAUCGACUCUGAAGUGGAUCUUCGAAAAGUGAUGGACGCAUGGCGCAGUUUGUUGAGUCAGUCACGCCCUGGCGCGGUCGUUUCUCUUGUACUGUUCGUCAACGUGGAUGUCGUGGACCUCACCUCCCUCAUAGGCCCUUCUAGCCUUCGCAAGUUGCAGGGGAGGUUAUGUUUUCAUAGCAGAGCGACCGAGAAUACAAAACUGUGCCGAGUCUCGCCUUCACCCGAGGGCUGCGCAGCUUGCGCAGCCGUCAGGUGUCCCCUACUCGCGCCUUCGCAGCUGCGGGCCGCCCUGCUUUCUCUGCAAGUGAAAGCAAGUACCUUUGCGGAAUCCUCCUCUGGCUGCGCGCCAUCGACUGAGGUGGCAGGUGCAAGCACACUUGGGCAAAGCUUAGGCGCGCAGAGCGGUGCCGCAGCUGAUCUGCCGCGGCAAACAAGGAGCUUAGAGGUUCCUAUUGUGAAUUGCUGGGCUACGGCACAGACGAUGAAGAGAGAGCACUCAAAACAUGCUCUCAGACUUACAGUUGACGCCUUCAGACAUCUGCUUUCCGUGGUCGACGUGCAGCAUCCCAUGCACCAGCGCCACCUGCGUUGCCAGCGUUCCUUGCACAAUAGCCUUCAGAGGAUUCCAGAUCCACUCCAGAAGUGGCAGUGGGUGUUGCAUAAGGACGGCUCCCCGUAUCCCGUUCCACCGGCUGAUGCAAAGCUGUCUCGUGUCUUGCCUUACGUGCUGGUAAAGGAUGAAAAGGAGCAGCGCCGGGAGCACCAGCGGGCGCUCCGGUGCAACGCAGUCGCUGCGGCAACGUUGCAGAGCCUGAAUUCCCAGGGUCUCUCCGCGGCCCCCUCCACAGCGGGCAGUGCCCGGACUCGCGCCCCGUUUCCUAGCCCGAGGUACUUCACUCUCCUUGUGUCCGAUGCGGGAUCGCUGCUUGUACGUGAUGGGUGUCUCUCGGACCUCUUUGUGAUGGAGUUCCAGCCAGCACUGCUAGAGGCGGAGUUGAGCUCUCAUUACUGGCUGUCGGUGCGGGAAAAAGCUCCUCCCGGGAUUACAGGCUUGCCAUUUAAGCGGCAUCGCGCCUUCCUGGAGCUUCUGUCAGCGGCCGAGAAGUUUGUGUCAGCAGCAAUCCCCUCCGCAUCCCUGACUCGCGAUGUUUUGAAGAAUGCUGUGCAGUUUCUCGACAGGUGCGGAGGCGGUCGUGGCCUUCUGGCGUGGCCGCUCACAGAUCCGGCGGAGGGUCAUCAUCGCCUUCGGGUUGCCUUCACCUUGAGCUAUGAGUUCUACGCCGAUCCUCUUGUUUUUUCGCGGCACCCUCGAGGUGCGGUACGAGCAGGUUGCGUGGGGAAGGCGCAGAUACGCCACCUUGCAUCUGGCACUGACGUAGCGUCGUCCCCCGCUGCUGCCGCCGCUGGAUCUGGGAGUGCAAAGUCACUGUACGUGAUAAAGACACUGAAAGAUGUUAUUAGCUACAUACUCGCGACCAUGAGGAGGGCUGGCUGGGUCUUGGUCUGGCAAGAAGAUCAUCAUCGCUGGCCAACCGCGGUGCCACCGCCGCACAUGCACCCCCACAUCAACCCUAUGUCCUCUGCUUUUCCGCUGAGCAGAUGUGCCGGCCCGUCGCUGAAGGAGCGAAUCGCCGAGUCGCUGGAGAGGUGGCGCCAAGAACAGCUGCAGCUCAACAACAAGAGAUAUGAUGUUGACAUGUCGGCUGGGGCGUUGGAGCCGCCAUCGUCUCAUCAAACGGUGGAGUCGACGAGGGCGGCGACUGUAGACGCGGCCACAGCGUCGCCGUACGCAAGUCUCGAUGUGUGGCAGACCGCUCUCAUCCCUGAAGACGCCGGUGUUUACCUGUGGGAAGGACAAACAGUGUUUCUCGAUGACGGUCGCCCGGGUGUCAUCGUCGAGUUCCGACCACCGCCGACGGAGCUGUUCACGCCGAUCGAGCAGCACCCGACGGAGGCGAAGCGCGCGUACUGGCGUGUGCAGCAGGAGCUGCACGCCGACUUCAUCCGCUUUUAUCGGUGGCGCCGCCACUGUUUUGCUGCGGCAAACCCGCAGCAAGUCACGGCCGCCUUCACCAGCCUCCCGCAUUACGUACGAGCACGUGAAAUGACGCAUUUUCCUGUGGUGGAGCUGCUGCACACAUCCCCAGAUGGUAAGCGACCGCUUGUGCAAGUACUGCCGAAACGCGCGAUGCAGUACCACGUGGCGUAUCCGCGCGUGUGCGUCGUGAGUGUCGCGGAGCAGAAGGCCUGGCACGAAGCGCAAGGCUUGCCGGCGCCUUUCAAGGAUGAAUUGCGGGACGUGGUGUGGAGACUGUCUACCACAGAUCUGGACGACCGCUCUGCGUCGCAGGUGACGCUGUUGCGGCUUCCACUCUCUCCAUUUCGCAUUGAGGCGGCUGCGUUGCCUUUCGUGUCUCGUGUGAUGGAACUCUCCAGGCACCCUGUUGUCCAUCACACGCAACGCACUCUGUGGCCCGAGGCAUCUACGAAGGAAAGGCAAGCGCUUCUUCACAGUUUGAACGUGGAGUGGGCCAGCUGUCAUCGAAAAGCCGUCAUUCACGACAGGUCGUGUGCCCCGCAGCUGCGGGCGGUGAAAGAGCGGGCGCACAUUAACUGGAGGUCGCUAUCCGCGUCGCACCAUUCCUCGGAAGCACUCUGUUUUGCCUUCUUCACCGCUCAUUCCGAAACUGUGCUGCCUUGA